UCUUUAUCGUUACUUGCCUUUGCCGGGCUGGCAGCCGCAGCUUCUAAAUACGACGAAUAUAUCCUGGCCCCGAAGUCACGAACUCUACACCCAGUUGCUGUCUAUCAAGAUAAGAUCAACGGGACCAUUACUGGAGCUUCUAGCCUUGCAAACGACUCGCCAGGCUCGGCCAUCUUCAAAGGCGUCUCAGCCGUGACCUACGAUUUCGGUGUCAACAUUGGUGGCCUCGUGAGCUUGACCAUCGGCAACAAGACAGACACGAAUCAGUCUAUCGCUAUUACAUACUCCGAGAGCUCGCAAUGGAUCUCUGGCAUUGCUUGCGACGCCACUCAAGAUUCUGGCAUGGAUGAAGCUUUGUGGUUCUAUCCAUCAGGCCCCGGUAUUGUGUCUGUAGAUCGUCAGCAUGAAAGAGGAGGCUUCAGAUACCUGAGUCUCAUUCACAACACCACUGGUGACAUUGAGGUUACCGAGGUGACGGUCGAAUUUACGCCUUCGCCCACUACCGAGGAUCUGAGGAAUUAUACUGGCUUCUUCCACUCAGAUGAUGAGCUAUUGAACCGCAUCUGGUAUGCAGGAGCAUAUACCAUCCAGAUGUGCGCCAUCGACCCGCACCACGGUGAUGCUCUCAUCCACUCGGAUCAGAUCAACUCGAGUGUUCCCGGUGAUACAGUGGCUCCUUGGUCGUGGUACGCCAACACAACCAUAGCCAACUCGAGCGUCGUCCUCGUCGACGGCGCAAAACGCGAUCGUCUGAUCUGGCCUGGAGAUAUGCAUGUCAUUACUCCAUCUCUCUUCGUCUCCAUCAGCGAUGAUGCAGCCAUCACAAAUUCCAUCGACAACUUGUUUUCUCUGCAGAAUGCAUCAGGCAAGCUUCCGUAUGCAGGAUAUCCUUUCAAACAAGACACGUACUCGGCGACCUAUCAUCUCUACAACCUCAUCGGCGUAAGCGACUAUUACAAGUUCACAGACGACCUCGAAUAUGUUCAAAACAAGUGGAACGCCUGGAAACUCGGACUCAACUUUUCUCUCGGUUUCAUUGACGAAACUGGCCUGAUGAACGUCACGAGCCCUGACGACUGGCUCCGCUUUGGUCAAGGAGGUCACAAUAUUGAAGCAAACGCAAUCCUAUACUUCACCAUCAAUGAAGGCUUGACCCUAGCCGCUGCUCUCAACGACAGUAGCGUCAAAUCGUCAUGGGAAACUUACGCAUCUGGGAUCAAAGAAGCAGCCAAUAAUAUGCUCUGGAACGAGACAGCAGGCCUAUAUCGCGAUAAUGAGACCACGACUCUAAUGCCUCAGGACGGCAACAGCUGGGCCGUGCUCGCAAACCUCACGAACAACUCCACCCAAGCCUCCGCUAUCAGCAACUCUCUCCGCGCACGUUGGGGACCAUACGGUGCACCUGCCGUUGAGGCCGCCGACGCCGUGUCUCCUUUUAUCGGUGCCUUCGAGCUCGAAGCCCACCUGCGCGCCAACAAUGCCACUGCUGCCCUCGAACUCAUGCGUCUCGAAUGGGGAUUCAUGCUCGACGACCCGCGAAUGACCAACAGCACGUUCAUCGAAGGCUAUGCCUUUGACGGAGCAACCCAUUACGCACCCUACACCAACGACCCUCGUAUCUCACACGCACACGGCUGGUCCACAGGCCCCACGGCCUUCCUGUCUCAAUACAUCGCCGGCAUUCAACUCGUCACCGCCGGUGGAAGAACCUGGAAGAUUGCACCCAAGUUGGGCGAUUUGAGUUCCACUCACGCAGGCUUUUCGACUUCGGUGGGCAUGUUUGAGGUAUACACCAACACGACUUCCGACGGCGGUGUGUCCAUGGACUUUUCUACUCCUGUGGGGACCAGAGGUGGCGUGGCAGUGCCUUAUCCUUCUUGUGCUGGUGUCCUGAGACUGCACGAGGUGCAAGGGAGAUGCAAGGAUGUCGUGUUGGAUGUCCAGGCUUCGGCAAACCAGACGGGAGAUGUUGAUGUCGAAGGGUUGGUGGGAGGUGAUUGGCAGCUUAGAUUCAGCUGUGGUGCUGCUGGCUCUUGA